UUUCCCUUUUGAUUUGCAGGUGCCUUUUUCCAUGGCUCGCAAGAAGGUGACCCUGCAGUGGAUCGCCAACGACUCGACGCGGCGCGCGACGUUCAAGAAGCGCCGCAAGGGCCUGAUGAAGAAGGCGAGCGAGCUGUCCACGCUCUGCGACGUGGACGCCUGCGUCGUGGUGUACGGCGACGGAGAGUCGCAGCCGGAGGUGUGGCCGUCGGUCCCCGAGGCGGCGCGCGUCCUCGCCCGCUUCAAGGCCAUGCCGGAGCUGGACCAGUGCAAGAAGAUGAUGGACAUGGAGGGCUUCCUCAGGCAGCGCAUCGACAAGCUCAAGGAGCAGGUGCACAAGGCGCAGCGCGAGAACCGCGAGCGCGAGACCACGCUCCUCCUUCACGACGCCAUCGUCGGCCGCCGCCCGGGCCUCGCGGGUCUAUCCGUCGAGGAGAUCGCCAGCCUCGGCUGGAUGGUGGAGAAUCGCCUCCAGAACGUCAGGAACGCCAUCGAGCGCCUCCAGGGGCAGGGUGUCCCGACGACGGCGCUGCAGCUGCAGCUGCAGCUGCCGCAGGCAUCCCUAUCGCUGGUGCCUUACACCACCGGCGCCGGCCACAGGGACGUGCAGGCGCUGCACCCGCAGAGCUGGAUGAUGGACGAGACCAAGGUCGAAGGAGACCUUGGCGCGCUAGUCUACAGUAGCUUCGGCGGUGGGCGCGGGAGCUUCGGAGGCGCCGGUGCCCGCGCCGGGGGCGACAUGCUGCCGCAGCUUGGCAAUAUGGGUGCCGGAUUCGCGUGGCCUCAUCCAGCUGGUCCCUCUUGCCCUCCCAUGUAA